UCACAUGUGCAGAUUUACCAGAAUAUAAAGUAUGAGCAGUCUCGUUCACGAACAAUCCAAGCCAGAGAUGGAUGGAAAGGACGGUGGCUUUCGAAUUCUGAAGCAUUCGUACGGAGAAACGAUCCUUGAUCACCUUCCCUAUGAUCACCUGUGAGGUCUCACCACUCACCAGCUCAUACAAAGCAGUCCAUUGAUUAACAACAUGGAGGACAACGCAGAUGAACGUCAGCUCUCUCUAUUACUAGACCAAACUCUAUGGAUGAGUAGGAGCAUGAACUUCGCCGAUGAGAAGUUGUUGACUGGUCAACUUCAGGAAACCAAAGACAAAGGAAAAUGUAGACGUAGAAAAUCCUUAUCAGAUAAGAGUGACUUUCCUUUGUACUGGAAGUUAAAUAAGAAGGGACCGCGAGAAAAAAGGAAUCGCCUGCUUGGACAGCUGUAUACUGUAGAAGACGAUGUGAUGUCAGCAGUGGAGCAGCUGGUAAAAACAACUUGGCAGCAGCAGCAUGUGGGACAUGGAAAGGAUGGGGUGGGCUUGAGUCAUACAGGAGUUCAAGUUGUGAAAGUCGAGCGACUGGAGAACCCUGGUCUGUGGAACCAGUACAAUCAUCGUCGAGAAAUGAUUUAUCACAGUCAUGGCUAUACCUACUUCCGGCCAAUAGUCAAGUUGCCGGGAUCCUCAGGUCCUGUACAGACAACAGAAAGUGUACCACGAGAAAGUCCUCUUCGUCGACAGAUUUAUCCAUUUGAGGCCAAUGAACACUACCUUUUCCAUGGAACCAAACAGGAAAACAUCAAGAAUAUAAUGAACACUGGACUAGACAGUCGUUUAACCAGUGACAAAGCCAUGCUCGGACAGGGUAUCUACUUUGCAGAAAGUCCGACCAAAGCCGAUCAGUACACAGAUAAUAAGCACCAGAGAACCUCUGGGGAGAAAACAAUGGUGUUGGUGCGAGUGGUGUUGGGCAACCCUUUCAUCAACACCAGUUCUGACCCUGACAAGUUCAAACGUCCGCCAUGCAAGAGGUGUUUCAAGGACCUCUGCUCUUGCGACCAUCCACACCAUUUUGAUUCCGUUAUCGAUGAUGCUGGCAGGAUUUUCCGCGAAUUCGUUGUUUAUGACGGUAGCAUGUGCUACCCUGAAUACUUCAUUACAUACAAUAGGGUGUGAUGUCAUCAUUUAGGCAGCAAGGGACAAGCAUUAUGUCGGGUAGUGUUAUAUGCGCCACGCAAUUCGCAAUUAUUCAAGACAGGAGUUACUUGUAAUGUUUGAAAACUAUACAGGACAAAAGACAAGCAAAAACUAAACAAAUGAUUCUUUGUUAUUGAUGGAAUAUUUUUCUGCAUAUAUUAAUAAAUCAUUAUGUUUGAAGGUUCUAUGUUAAUAUUUAAGAUUAUAGAGCUUAGGUCAUCUCCUACAUAGAAAGUUUAGUCUGUGAUGUUGUGGAGUUCUGCGUUUUGCCGAAACAAGAACCGUGUCAAUGUGUAUCUUCACAGAAGUGUGUCGAGAAAUAUUAUCGUCAUCUGUUUACUUAUAUUCCUCCAGAGUA